GACUAGAUAACCAAUCAACAGCGAGGAUCUAGGAAAUCCGAGGACAGAACAUUUUGGCGAUGUAGUGCGGCGUAAGUUUUCGGUGGAAAUUCACGUAAAUGCAUAGUCUUUAUCGUCUUCUCCACCAGUGGAAGCUCUGAGAAUGCUUUUAUAUGAGAAAUAGCAAAAAUGUCCACAAUUCAAAGGUAAUACGCGUAAAAUAUUCUUUAUUCUCUCUUCACUCGUCUAUCGAGCUUGAAUGGACAGCUUUUACAUGUGUUCUAUUGCACGUCGACUGACGCGGAAAUUAAUGUUGAGUAAUACGCUUUAAUACAUUGCUCAAAGGACAUUUUUUGUAGUUUGUUCUUGAUGAAUGUUACUAAGUUUUCUAGCUAUACUUUAUAAUCCGGCUGAGAAUGGUGUUAUGUUCAAGUCUGACAGAAUUUUGUGGCAUCGGCUAAACAUAUGACUUAUACACUGCUACGUUCAGGAUUAAUUAAGGGUAAAUCAUUAAUGGUUUAUAUAUUGGUGGUAUAGAAUUUCAAGUGUUAAUUUCAAGGUUAAAGAGCUAACCCUAAAAACUUAACAGUCAGCAAAUUUCUGCUAAAAUAUAGUAUUAGCCUUAUUUUUGAAAAAAUUCUCACAAUGUUUAUUUUAACUUUGUCGAAGUUAUUAAUUUGUGUAUGAUUAGCAUGGGAGUAUUUACAAUUUUUUUUUUUGCACUUACAAGUUUCACUUUAUCUUCCCGCCUGAUACUUAAACCAAACACAAGAAUGAAUAAGUGGUAUGUUUUGACGCACAUUUUCAAGUUAAUUUUUGUGCUCGAAAAUUCUUGCCUCUGCUUUGUUUUGUUAUUUGAAUUCCAACCUUUUAAACUUAAACCUGCAGUCCUGUAGAUGAGUAUGGAUUCCACCGACCAGACGACUUUGAUUACUCAAGCUAUGAGGAAUUUAUGUCGAGCUAUUUAAGGGUGCUGGCAAGGAGAGCAUCAAGAUGGGAUAGAUUCAUGAAGGGUGUAAAUAAAGUGAGAAAGUCAAGAAGAGGUUAGGAACUACAGCACUAAAAGGCUUUGUUCUGCUGUGCCAAAUGUAAUUCUUGAGAAUUUGAAAGCAAGGCUGAAGCAUGAUGGAUCUGUCUGAAUCAAAGUUUUGAUUUUGGUUCAGCAGAGCAAUUAAGUCUGAAUUGAAGUCCAUCGUGCUUCUGUCACGCUUCUGUUGAACCGUGAAUUACAGCAGAGGGGCCUCGUAUGACCUUGACUUAAGGCACAUCUUCAAUUUUGCUGAGUCUAAUUCAAAAGUGAGAACAAUAGAUUUCCUUAUUAAAACUAAAUCAGCUCAUGUGAAGUUCAGCAGAACCCUACUUGACCAUAUGCACUCUAUAAUAAAACAACUGUAGAACAGCUGGCUAUUACUAAUGCAUGGCAGUAUGUACGUACUAGCCUGCAUUUGUGUGGUCUUCCAGCAAAAACGAAUGGAAUGCACAGAAUGCACAGCUGUGAUCAGGUUAGUUUAUUCUAUUUUAUUCCAAUCAUUCCUGCUACCUGGGGCAGAAUGUUUGGAAUAUAUUCUGCUUAUUCGAGAAUUGGAAUAUAUAGCAGGUCAAUGAAACAAACAUUUCAGAUCAUUCAAUGUACUGGUAUUCCUACUUGUAUUUUCAGAAUAAUUAAUUGUGGUCAAUCAAAUACACCCAUAGGCCAUAGUUGUAAAUUUACCAGGAGCAUUAAAUAAACACACUUCUCGAAAAGAUAAAGACUAAGAUUUUUGGUUUUUAUUAAGUACAGCUAAAUAGUUACAGGUUUGUUUAAUUAAAAGCUUUUUAUUUGUGUUACUAUAGUGAAAAGAUUUGUCCGGAAAGGAGUUCCAUCGGAGCUUAGAGCCCAGGUACAUAAUCUCUACAAGUGUUUCUUUUUACAUUUUAACUCGUUCGCUCCUUGUAAAGGUGAAAGAAAAUUUUUGCACAAGAAAAUUCAAAUUGCUUGUUUUAACAUCCUGAGAAAUGAGUAUUAUUAUGCAAAAGUUCUACAGGAGAGGUUUCGUUUAAAUGGCAAAACCAUAGGAUUUCAUCUCCAGAUUUCAAAGUUACAGUGACAAAUAACCUUGCCAUAACUUGGUUGAAGAUUGAUGGGGUUAAUUUUAAAACUUGGCCUCUUUUAAUCCUCCAGAAAAGAUGCAAGUACAUGUAAUGCCUUUUUCUCCUAAUCAUGAUAUUUUAAAAUUUCUCUUCAAGGUGUGGGUGGAUAUAAGUGGAGCAAGAAAGAAGAUGAAGUUGAAUCGUGGUAAAUAUCAACAGCUGACAGGGGAAGGCCUCGAUGAACAGACAAUGCAUAGCAUUCAGACAGGUAUAUGUUGCACAGAUUUUGGAGUAAGUUUGUACAUGAUGGGGGCAAACCACCCCUGUUUCUCCCAAUAGUGACCUAUCAAUAUAAUAUAAUCAAGAGUAAUGGUUAUGAGAAUUUUAACGAAGUGAUCACCCAAGGGAAAAUGCUUUGACCAGCUAUCACAUUGUCUCAACUUAUUUUUAAAGAGAGUGGGUGGAGAUCAUUCUGGAGAAUUUUGUCUUUAGAGGAUACACUAGGUCAAAAUUCAGGUUGAAAUUUUUUAACCUAGGUUGAUUCUCAAUUUCUUUCUCUCCUAGCCCUAAUUAUUCAUGAAUUAGGGCUAGGAGACAAAGGAAACAGAGGUUCAAUCUAGGUUAAAAAAAUUUAACCUGAAUUUAAUUUUGAUCUGUAACAUGGAUUAACUAGUGCAGCUUAAAGGGUUGUUAAUAUGACUGGACUGCAGACCAAAGCACUGAUGGACUAGGCAAACACAUUGAUGGGCCAGACAAAUGAAUGGAGGGAUUAACUGGAUGGAUGGAUAGAUGGUGUCUUUGUUCAUGAAGAACUGAACACAUCUCAAGCAUCCUGAUGUGCUCACCUGUAAGGGAUGUACAGAUCCAAGAUAAUACAAAAUGUAUUGGAGCCUGAGUAUUCACAUAUUUUCUCUCCUUGUCUUUUUUUCCUUUAGACAUUGAUCGUACCUUCCCAGAUAACAUACACUUUACCAACAGACAGAACGACCUGAGGCCUGCUUUGUACAAUGUACUUGUAGCUUAUGCCAAACACAAUCCAAGAAUAGGUUACUGUCAGGUAGGUGUCAUCCACAUAUUUACUGUAAACUGCCACUUUUAAGCCCAGCUGGGCUUACUCGCCUCAGUAACUACAAAAGGUGUCUAAGGAGGGCCUAUAAAUUAAUGGAGGGACUUAUAUCCAAGUGGGCUUAUACCCGGAAAUAGAAAAAGCACUUCAAAGCAAGCCAUAGCAGUUUAUGAGAAUAAAUAAAAUGAUCACCUAAGGAAAAAGGCUUUGAUCUUUGAACAAAUUGUCUCGACUAAUUCUGUAAGGAAAUGUAUGGAGAUCAGUUUGGAGAAUUUGUGCGUGGUUCCUGGGGCUUAAAGGGUUAAUUAAGCUUCCAAAUUUCAUGGAUAUAAUUCAUUUCAAUACAAAUUAGGGGUGAACUUUUGUAAAGGGGUGAGGGAGGUCUUAUAAUCAUAAAUUGUGUAUUUUUUGUUUACCGGUAGACAGACCUUCUAGAUGAAUAAUAAGUGGUGGGCUUAAUAAGUUACAGUUUAUAGUAUAGUAAUAUCUACACCAUUUUAUAUGCUGCCUAGUAAAUAUGUGUCGUUCCUCAAAUCCCUUGGAAGGAGAGCUUUUUUGUGACAGCAAGAACAGUAAAUCUGCAGGCAGUGUUAUUGCUUGGCACAGGAACGAAUAAUUUUUGAACAGAAAUAAGGGAUUUUGUGCAAGGUAAGUAGGUGAAGUGAAGUGGGAUGUGUGUUUGACUUUCAUUUCAGAAUUGUGAGCUGCUGAUUUCUCUGCGGAGAAUGCAAGCAAAAUACAUGUACUAAUUUACCCAGCUUUUUUUACAUCAUCAAGUGAGCUAGCUGUCCAGCUUUGGGAUAAUUGCUGAUGUAUCAAUAAUUAUACUAUUUAGCUUGAAAAGUGUGAUGGUCUGUGUUUCAGGGUCUCAACUAUAUUGCUGGAUUGAUGCUGCUCAUUGUCAGAAAAGAGGAAGUAGCUUUUUGGCUUUUGGAUGUUAUUGUGGGAAAUCUUUUACCAGGUACAUGUUUGUGAACUCACAACUGAAUGUUGGUCAACUGUUUUUUUCCUCGAUUAAAUCAAACCUGUUUUGUCAACAUACUGUUAAUAUGAAAUAUUUUAGCACAUGUGCAUUUAACUACAGCCUGUAGCUGGGAUUACUGUAACUCAAAAGAUUAAUGACCAUUUUCUGUAGAUUACUAUUCAAGAGAUAUGCUUGGAUUACAAAUUGAGCAGGAGGCCUUGCGUCAAGUAGUAAGGUAUGCUACAGUGUACAUUACAGUGUUACAUGAUAUAACUUUUAACAGUAUACAUCACCAUGCUUAUGUUUUUACAGAAUAUUUUUUGUAUCCUCUGUUCCUUGUGAUUUUGUUGGUCUUCUUGGUUCCCCUGGUCAUUUUAGUUUCCCUAGUUUUUCCCCUUAGCUCACCUUGUUCUUGUGUUUCAUAAGAUCCUGUGUAUCCAUGGCCCUUGUGGUUCCCCUGUUCCUCGUACUUUAGUUCUCUUUUUUCUUGUGAUUCCUCCUUUACCGCUUAGCCUUAAGUGUGGUUUAUAUCAUGGUUUACCUGAUUAUUAUACUCUUUCUUCCUCUGAUUCCUUUUUUUUCUCUGGGCUAUAGAUAAGCAAAGUAUUGUCUUUGUUACAUGUUUUCCAUGUUUAUAUGUCUACACAGAGUGAAGAUGCCAGAUCUGUUUGAUCAUAUAGAAAAGAUGGGUGUGUCAUACACUAUAUUCUCAACAAAGUGGUUCAUAUGUCUUUUUAUUGAUGUACUGCCAAUAGAGGUGAGCAUAAUAUAACCUUGGUGCUUACAGAGUAACACAUUCUUGUCCCAAACCAAUGCCAUGCUAUGCAAGUGAGCAGUGGGGUUUGGAAUGUGCAGGGCAUAAUAGCACUGGUCAGGUCUCCAAAAAAAUGGCAAAAAAAGUUGCAAGUCAUAGAGAAAAGGUGCUUAAUAAUGUUGGUCAACAAAAAUCUGCAUUUUUUUUUCUCUGUGAAAGUCAUGAAAUAUUCAGAUGUAUUUGUUAAAUACAUUCAGUCUGAACAUGUAUGGACUGGUUUAGAAACAAAAUACAUGUAUGCUGGCCAUUUUUGUCCAGUAAGUCCAGUAGUGCUGCCAUAUUAUCAGACAAGCCAUAUUUUGCCAGGCAUCCCAGGUGAAUUCUCCCGACAAGCUUGAUGGGUGAUGUACAGUAUAUAUCACACCUGGACUUGAAUGAAGGAUACAGCACAUUCAGCUCUCUCUAAGAUGGACACUUUUGCGGUGUGGCACUAGUGUAUCCAUUUGAGAGAAUUUAUAGAGUCAACUAAAAGGCGUAAGGAAAGGCAGGGACCAACUCUAGGUGUUCGUCUUAUAGAGAGUCAGCUGAAAGGAGUAAAGAAAGGGUGGGAACAUCAACUCUAGAGAUUUGUUUUUUUGAGAGUACACUAAAGGGAGUAGUUAAGAGAAAGGCAAGGACCAAAUCUGGCUUCUGUUUUAAUGAGGUGUCCCUUUUAUAGAGGUGUCUAUUGAGAGAGAGUUGGCUGUAAUCAAUUUUCAGGAUGCCAACCUCACUAAAACUUGUGAUUUACAGUUUACAGAAGGGUCCUCUAACUUGCAAAGUACGACUGGGAGUGGGGCCCUGGGCGUGACUUGAGUUAUUACCAUGCAUUGGGGGGGAGGGGCGAGGUUUCAAGUGAAAGGGAUGAUUGAAGAAGUCUUUUGGGUGUGAAAUUUUUGACUUUGGGGUUGGAUUUUGGUCCAGGUAUGUUUGGGGAGUUUUGUUUGAAGCCCGAGGGAUUUUUUGGUGUUGUGAUUUUUGCCCCCAUUUGAUCAUUCCUGUCACUUGAAAUCUGGAGUACCCCCAACUGGGCGUGCAUGCAACCAGUAAUUUCAAUUUUGACUAGUGUGAUGAUAAAGUCCUGGGCUGUUGUGUUGAUUUUGAUCUAAGCCUUCAUUUACGUUGCAAUAAUCAUUAUUACAACGUGAAUGGAAGCCCAGAUCAAAUGGUCCUAUGUGGUUUCUAAAGCCAACAUUCCAUGCAUCGAACUGUUGUCUCCUGUCACUAACUGCCACUUGCAUGGACAAAUGACCUAACUCAAUUGCUUGUGCUCUGAGGUGUAAUCUCAACCUGCACUGCAUCCUCUAAGACAACACACCUCCAUCUGUACAACAGUAGGCUCCCUCCCACACAGAGGUUCUUUUGGAUUGUCACGCAAUCCUCCCCAACGCUCGUGGGGCAGGAACGUGUGACGAACCCCUAAGAAUGUCUGCGUGGGAGGCUAAUAUGACAGCGGCCUUAAUUACAUUGCAGACAGUUCUCCGCAUCUGGGACUGCCUUUUCUACGAAGGAUCCAAAGUGAUUCUGAGAGUUUCUCUGACAUUACUCAGUCUUCACAAAGAAGAGCUGCUGGUCUGUCAAGACUUUGCACAACUUGUCACAGCUAUGAAGGUUUGUAAGGGGAAUAUCACUGCUUUGCUAGUUAAUUGAUGAAAAUCUGGUCAUAUAAAGAUAAGAAGACCAAACGCUUUGUAAUUGUGGGUCAAGGUGGUGAGAAGGUUCUGGAGUUCUACUGUAGUUGCCUGCUUAAAGGAGUUUGGUAAUAACUGUAAUAAUUGUGGUGCGAAUGGAGUAAAAAAAGUAAAACGUGAACCUAAUCGAAACCCAGAGAAUCCAAAGAAUCUAAAAUUGAACCCCAAAAAUGCUAAGCUGACUAAACAAAUGUUCUUAUCUCAAAAAUUGUGAACUCGUGCAUGAAUUUCAGACCCAAAAAAUUUUUCACACCAACCUGCUCUAUACUGCCCGCCCCCCUCGAGUACCCUCUCCCCUACCCCCCGAGCAGAUGUACAGGGGUCAGGCGUCCGCAAGAAGAGGUUCGAGUGUAUUAUGCUUUCUAAUCCUUCGGACCUCCCUACUCCAUACCCCCCAGUAUACCCCCUCCCCUACCCUCAGAGCAGAGGUACAGAGGUGUCCACAAGAUAAAGCUCGAGUGUAUUACGCUUGCUAAGUUUAUAAUUUUACUUUUGACAAUGAAAUAUUGAAAAAGCUCCCCAAAAACUAUUUACGGAUGUUAGCUACAUGAAAUAAAUAUUGCAUUUAAUUUGGGUUACAUGUACAUCACUGUAAGUUUUUCACUGUGUCAAUAUUCCCUCAACAGUGCACCUUAGUGCGGUUGUGCGUUUAUGUAUGUCUUUUUUUUUUUAGCAAAUUAUCUAACGGUACGUAUGCUUACUGGCCUUCUUUACUUGUUCCUUCCUUUACCUCAGGAAAUAACCAAAGGACCUUCAGCAAUGGAUUGUCAUAGUUUCAUGGAGGUAAUGUACCAGUCAAUUUCAAAACCGCCCAUGUCCCCCCAGUAAUCCCCUCCGGCAUUUGUUUAUAAGCCUUGGCUAAUUAAAAGCCUCUUUUUAAAUGUGUGAAGGGUAGAUUGAAAAACAAAAGCCAAAUUACCAAUUCGCCUAACCUUUGUUUCAAUUAGUAGGUUGAAUAUAAUCGGACGUCUGGGUGAGUGUGGUCCUGAAUAAGACUGUUGGCAACAGGGACUGACCUGACAGACGUUUUGACCACCUGACGGGAAGUCAUGGUCAGAGCUGAAGUGGUUUGUGAAGUUAAGAUUUGGCACCACUGCCUAUUGUCAGUCAAAACAACUACACUCACUCGGACGAUUUUCUGAAAUCUAGCUGUGAGAAAACGGCCUUUAAGGAAAUAUCUGAAAGUGGCAGAAUGCCAUUCAGGAAUUGAGAACGAAUAAUAAUUAAAGUCUGGGCUUUUUUUCCUACAGCAUUCGUUCCAGAUUCCAGGUUCUUUUUCAAGGAAGUGGAUCAGGGAUUUACGUAAAGCUGCCGCAGAGAAAAUAACAAGAGAGCAUAAUGAAAGAGAACAGAGGAAAACAAAGUGAUGGCCUUAUAACGCGCAUAGUUGAAGGGGCGCUGCAAAUUAAAGUAUUCGCAAGUUUUACACUGAAUUACAUAACAGACGAAUCUUAAUCGGAAACAUUUGUUGUUAUGCCCAGAUUGGUCACGUAGCGUAGAAUGCCGGGCUAGUUCAGCGAAAGUCCCGUUCAUUUUACGUGGCCGAAGUCAAAUUUAUAUGGAAACCUAAAUUGACCAUGUUGUUUCAGUGCAAUACUUGCUGAAAGUUCCAGCGUGUAACAGAGCCCUUAGUAAUCAACGUAUCCGGGUGCUAUUGCAGCAGCGGAUCCAUUUUUGUUUUGAGACUGCACCCCCACCCCCUCCAUAUCUGAAGGUCUGGAUACGCUACUGUAUUGGACAAAAUGUUGGAUUGAAAUACCAAAAGUUCCUUGUAUCAAAUGAAACGGUUUCUUUCACGGCUUUUUCAUUUACUGCAAAAUAUUAGAGAAGUGAAUAAAAUGAAGAAAGGUUAGGCAAACUCAAAUUUUCGAAAAUUUUAUCCUGCUAGUUCCGUCUUUUCUUUUUCAUACUUUUGCUCCCCAAAUUCUCGGUAUUUUCGUUUGAAAGGUUCUCGUUUGCCAAAAGUUAAGCAGUUCUCUUAUUACUAAGGAAGUUCCCAGGAAAAUACGGUAUUAUUAUAUUUUAUUCUCAUGUCAAAAUUUCAUUUAUAGAAAAAUCUUUUUCUUGUGUGUCUGUGU